UUGUCAUUGAUGUUCCGCUCUCUGUCGUUCGAACGCUAAUUAUGCUACAAGGCGAAGUUGACGACCGUUCGUGAUAAUUACAAACAGCUUUGUCAUUCAACGACUUCUCGUGUUUUUAUUAUCUUGUUAUAUAAAAGAUUAAAGUUCAUCCCGCGGCUUAUAUUUACCAGCGUGUCUCGAGUGUUCCGACAGUCUUUGAUCCGCGUCACUACGUAGUCUCUUAUUUGGACUUCACCAAAUUUUGACAAGAUUUCCAACGUGUAAACAAGUGGCUGCAACGUAUCCAUUCGGCAGGAAUUUCGAAGUAAUGAAAAUGGUACAGAAAACGAACGUGUACGUGAUCGGCGCGGGAAUGACGAAAUUCGAGAAGCCCGGCAGGCGGGAUGACUUUGACUACCCGCAAAUGGCCAAGGAGGCGGUGAGCAAGGCCCUCCAGGACGCGCGAAUCCCAUACGAUGCUGUGCAGGCUGUCUGCGUCGGAUACGUCUACGGCGAUUCCACUUGCGGUCAAAGGGCGAUCUACGAGAUCGGACUCAGCGGGUGUCCCAUUUACAACGUCAACAACAACUGCGCCACCGGAUCUACCGCUUUGUACCUCGCUAAGCAGAUCAUCGAGGGCGGGAAUGUGGAUUGUGUGUUGGCAUUGGGCUUUGAGAAAAUGGAGCUUGGCUCAUUAACAUCAAAAUUCAUGGACCGUACGCACCCUAUGGACAAACACAUCGAGCUAAUGGCAGACAUUACUGGUAUAUCUGAGGGCCCUAUCACUGCUCAACUAUUUGGCAAUGCUGGCAUCGAGCAUAUGAAGAAAUACGGCACCAAGCCUGAGCACUUUGCGAAGAUCGCCUACAAGAAUCACCUGCACUCCACGAACAAUCCCUGUUCCCAGUUUCAAGAAAAGUACACCAUGGAGCAAAUCAUGAAUUCUCCACGAAUAUUCGGGCCACUGACGAAACUCCAGUGUUGCCCGACGUCUGACGGCUCGGCGGCUGUCGUUCUGGCCAAUGAGGAGUUCGUCCGAAAGCAUCACUUGGAGUCGCAAGCCGUCGCGAUCCUGGCGAUGGAGAUGAGCACUGAUUUGCCGUCGACAUUCAGCUCGCGCUCGAUCAUGAACAUCGUCGGGUACGACAUGACGAGGAACGCGGCCGAGAAGGUCUUCGCGAUAACCAAAUACAGGCCGAUAGACGUGGACGUGGUGGAAUUGCACGACGACGUGGUGGAAUUACACGAUUGCUUCUCCGUAAACGAGCUGAUCACUUACGAGGCCUUGGGGCUUUGUCCACCCGGACACGGUGGGAGACUGGUGGACUCCGGCAACAACACGUACGGCGGUAAGUACGUCGUGAAUCCCAGCGGCGGUCUCAUCUCGAAAGGACACCCUCUGGGCGCCACCGGAUUGGCGCAAUGCGCCGAGCUCUGCUGGCAGCUUCGCGGACAGGCCGGCCCGAGGCAGGUACGCGGCGCGAAAUUAGCAUUGCAGCACAACAUAGGCCUAGGCGGCGCUGUGGUCGUCGGCCUCUAUCGCUUGGGCUUCCCGGAACAUGGGAUAAUGAGGAACAAUGUGAACGUGCACGCGAAUCCGGAGAUAUUCCAAGCGAACGUGCUGUUCAAGUUGCUGCAGAUCGCAAUGCAAGAGGACGAGGACAGCAUGAUCGAGAAGGUACGCGGCGUUUACGGCUUCAAAAUCACGAACGGUCCGGGUGGCGCCGAGGGCUUCUGGAUCGUGGACGCCAAGGCCGGUAAAGGAAAGGUCGAGUACAACGGGAAGACUAAGCCCGACGUCACGUUCACGAUCAGGGAUACCGACAUCGUGGAUUUCAUAUCCGGGAAAUUGAAUCCGCAACAGGCCUUCUUCCAAGGUAAGGUGAAGAUCCAAGGGAACAUGGGCCUCGCCAUGAAACUGCCGGAUCUGCAGCGACGCGCCGCCAAGAAGAUUGAACUUCUGCGUGCGAGAUUGUAAGCAAGCUCCAAACUUUUUGCUGAAACGAGUGGGGAGCAAUUAUUCAAGAGAUAUCACGCGAGAUAUUUUACAUAAUUUCAGGUAUAUCGAUCGAAAACGCAGUCUUAUCUUUCGCGUGCUUUUUCAUUAUCAGACAACAUUCUGCUGUUGUACCGUGUAAUCUUAUAUUUGAAGUUAUCGGAUUCCUCCAAUUUUUAAUCGGAGUAAAUAGAUGUGAUCGCGAAAUUUACACAGACUUGUCUCUGUACAUAUAUGUUAACGAAAGCAGUUUUCAAUGAAUAGUAAUUGUAAACAACUUCUGAUACCGGCGGCAAAUACAUACGAGGGUAUCAAUACGGACGCUGUACAGUUUGUAAAUUCACAUACGAUGAUAUUAUUAUUAAUUCAAUGCACACAAGAGCGUUAUGCAGAUAUAGAACAUAUUCUGAUGCUUAAAUAUUUUUAUCUCGUUCUCAGAGUACACGUCGCACAUUUUUUCUUAAAUUGUAAGGCCAAUCGCGUCGUAAUUCGUAAUCUUAAACUGUGACUUUGAACUCGACAAUCGUUUGCCUGAAAAGUAUUCCUCGUGGACGUCAGGAGUGCGAAGAAAAUGAGUCGUAUAAGAUGCAAAGUAUAAAUGCUCUAUUAACAUAAUAAUCGCAUGCUAUGAUAAGCAACUUGAGUGAGGCGCGUCAUGGGUGUAAACAUAAGAAAACGAUAACCAACAGCUCAUCAUUGGAAGAAUUAUAGUAGACAAAAAAGACGAUGUCGACGGAGUCGUUUAAUACGCGCGUGAUAUCUCUUUCGAGAUUAUUUAGCACGCUUUAAGGAAGCGCUAAAUGCAUUGUGACUGCAUUCUAUAAAUUAUUAUAAAUUACUUAUACGUCGGUUAUUUUUUUACUACACGAUUCUUGAGCUAAUCGUGAAUCGUUACAAUGUUAUUGCAACAUUGCUCCCUGAAAGGUACGAUUAUAUAUACAUUGCAGUUACGUAAAUUGAUCGAUACAAGUAGAUCAUGAGUCCAUUUAUCGUCUGUUAUUCCAAACAGGGUGUAACUUCUCGGGGGACGCUGCGUAUGAAAAGUGAAAUUUCAAGCGUGAAAUUCUUUUAUUAAUCGUUAGACAUUUCGUUGAUAGCGAUUAUAAUCGAUUUAUCGAUUUGUGCGUAUAAUUGAAAAAUUGCAAAAAAAACGUGAAUUUUGCUCGAGAGAGAUUUCAAAUAAUUGAAAACAUUAUUUUUAUGUAAAUCUCUCCAGGAGAUCAAAUAUAGGGUCUGCAUAUGAUACACGCACAAUGGUCGUGUUUUAAACGAUAUAAAUUAUAUAUCUUUUUUGCAAAAAUGUGUAAGGGAAAGUUGUUAUUCCCCUUUCGUGCGUUGUGCUCGCUUUUCAACGAGAGUAUUUUACAAUUGUUAAAAAUUCAUCAUCAUCAUCAUCAUCAUCGUUAUAAUUUCAAGGAGAGAUACGACCCCUUCUUAUAGGUGGAAAUUAGAUUUCGUAUGGGUAUACUACAUCAGAAGGUUAUAGAUAAAUAUACGAUUAAUCUAGUUUUAUAUCUUUAUGAACAACGGAGACAAAUCUCACGUUGCGCGAAUGCGAUCACAGAUCGUUUCGCCCACGUACUGACGAAAAUGCCGGGAUAUCGUCGUCAUACCUCCGAAUUAAUCACCGAAGCUUGAAAGUUACCGUCUCUCUCGCCCGAAUGAGAAACGGUUGGUGUUUUCCAUUUUCACACAAUUCCAUUUUCACAAGUCGUCAAGCAUCAUUCUAUCUUUGUUAUUCGUUGAAUGCGGGACAAAGACAAAAUAACGUUUGUGUCGACUUGUGUCACCAAAUGGAAAGGUAAUUCCCGGCGACGGUUAAUCAUCGUUUAUUGCAACUGAUUGGAUUAAUGCCUCGAAAUAAAUGUAAUAACCUAUUAUAUACUGCAUUUAUCAUUUUUAUACUAUGUGAGGGGAACCGGUGCAAUGUUCACGGUGAUAUAUAUUAAUAAAAAUGUUCUGGAAACAAUCA